AUGUAUCGAAUUUUUACCACACUCUUGUUCAUCGCAAUGACCCUGAUGCGUACCUCGGAGUGUAUACACGCAUCAGAUAUGGUACUAUGUGCUGACAUGUGUCCGUCUUCAACGCUUGUUGCGGAGGACGGUGUUGGGAUUUCGAAGUGCUACGACGCUUGCAAGAGGCUGAUACACCGUGUAAGGUACGGGGACGUAAUAGACAGCGUGGACAAGAAAACGAAGGUUAAAGCGCCAAAGGAAAGUGCAUUGAAACGAAUAAAACAAGGUUUCGGCAACAUGGUGACUAGCAAGGCAAAACCCUCAGCCUCAGAAUGA